UGAUGGUAUAUUGGAGAGUUGCGCUGUGACAGCGGAGCUCUAUCCGGCGAAGCGCUACUGAGCAGACUCAAUCUAGUUAGCCAUGGCGGCGACAGGAGGAGGGAAAAUCAGAUCAAGAAGAUACCACAUCGCUUCAAAACCUUAUGCCAAAGGCAAACAGCAGCCUGGCCUGAUCAGUCGAGUGACAGAUACAGUGAAGAGCAUAGUCCCCUCCUGGCUGCAGAAAUACUUCAAAAAUGGAGAAGUUCCAGAGGGUGAUACCAGUGCUGUAGGAGUGGACCGCAACAACGUGGCUCCUCCCCCUAACGGCAACGAAGAAGUCACCCCGCUCCCAGAUGGACGAGACUCUCCAGAGCCGAGCACAAGUAACACAGAACCAUCUACAAGCAAAGCGUCGCUGAACUUCCAGGAAGCGCUGUCGAGACCCCCGCUCAAUCGGACCCACCUGCACUUCCCCUCCCUGGAUGGUUCCCCUGCAUUAGGAGGCACAAGCUCCCUUUUCUCCCAGCCCUCCACGUCUACAGCGCCCUUCUCAGGGAGCCCUUUUGCUGUAGCCUCCAACUUCUCCCUGGUGAAAGAGAUUAAGGACUCCAGCUCUCAGCAUGAGGAUGACAACAUCUCGACUACCAGUGGCUUUUCAUCACGUGCAUCUGAUAAAGAUGUUCCCACGUCAAAGACUGUGCCGCUCCUCUGGUCCCCAGAGACAGAACGCACCCAUUCUGGAUCACAGACAGCCCACUCUGGUCUCAAGAAACCAGCCUUCAACCUGUCAGUCUUUGGCACUUCCUCAUCAUCAGUGUUGAACAGUUCAGUAUUGAACUCCAGUCAGUUGGGGAAUUCACCCUUCUACCCAGGGAAGACCACGUAUGGAGGAGCUGCUGCGAUGAGAUCGGCUCGUUCACGCCCGGCUACACCUUACCAGCCUCCCGUUAGAAGACAGAUAAAGGCAAAGCCAGCUGGAGCUCAACCCUGUGGAGUUACCAGUGCCACAGCGAGACGCAUCCUACAGUCCCUGGAGCGCAUGUCCAGUCCUCUUGCUGAUGCAAAAAGAAUUCCGUCUACAGUUUCAUCACCGCUGUCAGCUUCACUGAAUCACACAGACCUUGAUAUUUCAAAUUUCCAGGCAAAGAGGAAACGGCUGGAGCCAUCAGUCCCUCCUGUGCAGAAGCUGGUGGUACCUGCAGCUGCUGCAGUGUCUGGUAACCGCUCAAUAUCCUUUAGACCGUCACUCACUCCAGGUGGAGUGAACAGAGGAGUGGAGAAAAGCAACAAGGAGACUCCGGUAAGACAAUCCCCUCCCAUUUCAGAUUGUGCCCAGGCUCCCUCUCCCAGCACAAGCAGUUUGUCCUACCCCUUGUCCAGCACCCCAGCGACCAGCAGUGCUGGUUUAGGAGGGGGCAAAAUGAAGAGGGAAAGGGCCAUUAGACCUUCAUCCAAAAGACCUGAUGAUGAGGUUACCGAGGAACCAGACCUGCCGCCGGCCUCUCUUCCCAGCAAUUUCACUUUGCCAACAUUUAAUUUCUCUUCUCCUCCCCCAACCUCUUCGUUCACCUCCAGCACAACACCACUUAUAACUGUCUCGGUGGAACCGGCAGCAAAUAAGGAGCCAGCUGCACCAUCCACACCACCAUCUGUUCCCUUCACGUUCUCUUCGCCUAUCGUCAAGGCAACGACUGCUAGUCCUCCAUCUUUCUCUCCAUCAUCUGGAUUCACCUUCAGUGCGCCUACUAUGAAAACAGGCCCCUCUUACUCCAAUGGGAAAAUUGUUCCAACAGUAGCACCAGUCAAAUCAGUGACCAUUGAAGAAAAGGAGUUUGAAGGACCCUUCAAACCAGCCAAGGUCUUAAAACAGGGAAGUGUAUUGGACAUACUUAAGGGACCUGGAUUUGCGUCCCCUGCUCAGAACUCUGUUGAUAAAACUUUACUGUCUGCAUCAACGUCCUCGGCUUCUCUUGGUUUUGGUGACAAGUUUAGGCCACCUGCAGGGUCAUGGAGCUGUGGCACUUGCCUAUUGCAAAACAAGUCCUCGGACAAAAAAUGUGUGGCUUGUCUCGCUCCACAACCCAACACAGACUCUUCCUCUAAAUCGGACAGUAAACCCACAGAAGCUCUUGCAAGCAUCAGUUCCCUCUUUGCUCCUCCAGCUGGUAGCUGGGACUGUGACACCUGUUUAGUCAGGAACAAACCGGAUGUAGUCAAAUGUGUAGCUUGUGACACGGCCAAACCCGGGACUGGAGUGAAAUCCAGCCUGACCCUACCAGCUCUUUCUGAGGCCUCAUCCAUCCUCUCUGCCACCUCUUCUACAACCACCACAACAACAACAACCGCUUCUUCAGCUACUGGACUGUUAGGAUUUGGGGACAAAUUUAAAAAGCCAGAAGGGUCUUGGGAUUGUGAUGUAUGCAUGGUUCAAAACAAGGCACAGGAUGUGAAAUGUGUAGCCUGUCAGAGCUCUAAACCAGGAGCUGCAGCCGCAGCGGUCUCAACUCCAGCCUCUGCACCUGCAAGCACUGCUGCGUCUUUGUUAGGAUUCGGGGACAAGUUCAAGAAACCUGAGGGGAGCUGGGAGUGUGAGGUGUGCUGUGUUCAGAAUAAGGCAGAGGACCAGCAGUGUGUGGCCUGCCAGUCAGCAAAACCAGGAGCUAAAAUAGAGUCCAAAGGUUUUAGUUCAUCUUUUGGCAUUCAGUCCAACAGUACAGACUCAAGUUCAUCCGGUUUUAAGUUUGGUACCGGCUCUACGGACUCGACCUCUGCUGGCCUGAAGUUUGGAGGCACUUUUUCAGAUACUAAUUCCACCACAGGAGGAUUUAAAUUUGGAUUUGGGUCCUCCGACUCAACCUCAAAAUCAGAGGGCUUCAAAUUUGGAGGCAUAUCCUCGGAUGCAGCUUCUGGUGGGGUCAAACUUGGUAGUUCCUCAUCAGAUUCCACAGCAUCAAAAGAGAGUGUGUCAAAGGCCUUUACAUUUGGUGCAUCCAUGGAUGACUCGCUGGAAAAAAAGACUAAAUCUCAGGAUUCUAGUGCAGGAUUUAAAUUUGGUGGCGGUAAUGGAAUCAAUUUUGUCUCUCAAGCUUCUGGCUCUGAAAACUCAGCAUUUUUGUUUGGAGCUAAACCCAGUGAGAAAGGAAGCUCAAAUCCAUCCUUUAGUUUCUCUGUGCCCCAGUCCAAAGCUGAGAAAGAUGAUGCUCCUGCUCCCUCAGAAACGGCUUCAACCACCACCACCACAACAGCAGCAGCAAGUGUCAUUCCUAUUUUUGGCAAGUCUUUAGUAGCUGAAUCUUCUGCAACAAAGUUUGGGGACGCAUCAUCGAAAGAGCAAACACUGGUGACAUCCACCUUCACCUUUGGAAAAACAGAAGAGAAAAAGGACACCUCCGCACCCUCCACUGCGUUCUUAUUUGGCGCUUCCAAGGAAGCUGACAAACCGGUACCAACCUUGGGCUUCUCUUUCGGUGAGCCAGACCCUCCAAAAGAUUUUCCCAAGCCUACACUUACAUUUGGGAAACCUGCUGAGUCAGCAGAACCUCCAAAGCCAUCGUUUAGUUUUGGACAAAGUAUGACAGACACAUCUGCUCCAAAGCCCACUUUUGGCUUCAUGGCCAACUCCUCAAGCACCCCAGCUUCCUCCAGCUCCACCCCCAGCCUUUUUGGCACUCCCACUACCUCCUCCCUGGCUCCCUCACCUGCGCCCUCAAGUUCCUUUGUAUUUGGCCAGAGUACUUCCUCUGAACAAACCAUGGCAAAGACUUUUGUGUUUGGACAGCAGCCGCAGGAUAGCCAGCCGGCACCUCCUGCGGCACCUUCUGCUGCACCUACCCCAGCACAACCUUUCCAGUUUGGCUCGGGCACAAACUCAUCCUCCCCUGCUUUCACUUUUGGUGCUGCUGCAUCCUCCACCCCAGCAUCUGCCGCUCCAGCUCCACCUGCCAACUCUUCUCCAUUUGUCUUCAGUUCUGCCACACCUUCAUCUGGCUUUGGCUCUGGACAGGCCCCCAUCUUCGGACAAAGCGCAUCUCAACCCAGUGCUCCUGCAUUUGGGUCAGCAGCACCUUCAUUCUCGGCCACCGCUUCCCCAGCUUCUGCGUUCGGAGCUAAGCCCAAUUCUGCCCCAGUAUUCGGUCAGCAAGCCAACCCUGCACCUACGUUUGGAUCUACUGCUUCCUCCUCAGGCCAAGGAGGGUUCCAGUUUGGAAGCACUGGUGGAUUUGGAGCAUCAGGGAGCAACAAUAGUGUGUUUGCCUUUGGGGCCGGAUCAGCAGCUCCAGCAACUCCUGCCGCCAGUCCUGCCAUGCCCGCCAUGCCCGCCAUGCCCGCCAUGCCUGCUUUAAAUCCUCCCUCUGGUGGAGGCUUCAGCUUUGGUCAGGUCCCUGCUUUUAACAUUGGGUCAGGAAAGAGUUCUUUCAACGCAGCACCAUCUGGGCAGAAUUCAAUUGCUGGACGCAAAAUCAAAACUGCUGUUCGACGCAGGAAGUAAAUGUUGGAAAAGAUUUGUUGUGGCUUGGGCGUAGACUAUUGGGACAAACACUGAAGUACUUAGUAUUUUGAUCAUGGCACUAUGAUUAGCUUAUAGUGCCAGGAGAUUUGUUUUUUUGCUAUGGAGGUCAUUGAGAAACUGAAUGGGGAACACUGGCCCAAACCAAGAACCUAACCAAGACUUAAAGAUGCAAAAUAACACAUUACAAUCAAGCAAGAACCUUUUAAACAGGACAAUAAUCUUUGCAGCAUCUGCAUUGUGUGCAGGAUUUGCUUUUUUCUUUUCUUUUUGUAAGUAAAUGAAAGAAACAAGAAUUUAAUGAUGCUCUGAAGAAAAAGUAUCGACGGGUUGCUUAUGCUUGGGUUGACUUCAUAUGGCUGAGACAGACCUAGUUGCUGAAUCUACAGAAGGGUGUGUUUUCAUGUAUUGAAUGACCCGUGUGUUUUUUUUCUGUGCGCAGGUUGUGUAUGUGUGGUUUCUUUUGUACGUACCGAAUUGUGUUUGAUGUAAAAACGUAGCCUGUGCGUCUGAGUGCUGUCUGAUGUGAGAAGCAAAAUGAAUGUUUUAAGGAGGUGGGUGACGUUGAGGGCCGUGCACCUCCACUGCAGAGAUUUGCAGGCAAGGAAGAAAAAGGAAAAGUCCUGAAUUCUUCUCUAAAUCUGUAGUUCUGAAUCUGUUCACGUUCAACUUGUACACUUUAUUUCCUUAUGUACUCCCUCUUAUUUUGUCUACCCUCUCAAUUUGAUAUCAACCUCUCUUUCUCUCUCGAUUUUUCUUUUUUCCUCUCCUCUCAUCCUUUAACUUGUGCUUUUGAAUCAAUUAAUUGGCCUUUUGAAUAUUAUUAAAAAUUGUAAAUAGUGACACUUUUUUUUUUUUAAUCUGUGAAGUUUUGUGUGUUAAACCAGCUUUUUUGUGUUCUGUGUUCUGUCUUUUAGAAAUUAUUAUGUAAAGCCCUUAAUUCAAAGUUGCCCAAAUCCAUUUAAAAGUAAACUUAAAUGCAAAUUGGGGAUCCUUUGAAGACUAAAGGAAUAUUGGCUUUUCUGAUCCACUUUUGUUUGGACCAAAACCAGUAUUGUAAAAAGUGUUAAGUAUAUAUUUUUGUAUCACUUGUUUAAAUGGACUUAGGGUGACUUUGGAUAAUAAGGACAUCUACUUAAUUUUAAAGCCAUGAUAAUUAUUACUGGCUGAGUGAUAAAUAAAACCAUGGGUAAUUUCCAUCAAUAAAACUGGAGUGUUGAG